CUGUACUGUACAGAAUUGCAUCCACAGAACUCUUCGUGGCUUGAGUUACUUCAUAUUACAAUGAUGUUAUGAAUCCUAUUUUCAGUCAUUUUACAGCUGCCAACUCUUCUUUUCCCCUCCCUCUCAGAGUCAGCCAGAGCAGGGGGUGUGACUCAGCUGGACUGCACUCACAAAACUCUCUCAGGCACACACAGAGACACAUCGAGAAAGACAUAAGACUUAGUGUUAAAAGCAAUAUUGAGAAAAAGGAGGCAUUCAAAUUAAAAACUGUGCAACCUUGCUUCUGUUCUUUCUUUGAUCAAGUUAGGAGUGGAUACUCGACAAACCUUUAUUGACAAACUGAAGAUACUUCAAGACGUGCCUGGAGAAAGACUCCAGAUUUAAGGGGUUCAAGACUUUUUACAGCUGAAUUCAUUUUAUGGGAUUGCUCAGAAUCAAAACUUAAAUUUCAAGUGGUUUAAACUUCUUUUUGAAUGUAUAAGUCACUCUUUCACAAUGAGGCAUGUGUAUCUACUGAUCCUGGUUCUUUCAUUUGCCCUGAUGGAAAAGAUCCUGGCAAAAACCUGCCCCCUUGGAUUUAUAAAGUCUAAAAAAUUGUGUGUAGAUGAGAAUGAGUGUGAAUUUGAAAAUCCAAUUUGUGGAGAAAAUGCAGUUUGCUCAAACACAAAUGGCAGCUACUAUUGUGAAUGUAAAGAAGGGUUUGAGCCAAAAGACAGAUUCAAACAAGAGAAUGGGACUACAUGCAGAGACAGGGAUGAAUGCAAAGAUGAUCCAGGUCUUUGUGGAAAAAAUACAACAUGUCAUAAUACCCCUGGCAGUUUCAACUGCACAUGUGCUGCAGGCUUCAGACUGAAGUCAGGGAAAAUUUAUUUGACGGAACUAAAUGAUCUCUGUGAAAGUGUAUGCAUCCUUGAUAAAUUAAACUGUGGAGGAGGACACUGCCAGAAUGGCAACAAUGGCCAUGAAUGCAAGUGCAAUCCGGGAUUCACCAACUAUGGUCACAAGACUAUGAAAUGCACAGAGCUUAACUGUGACACAUUUAUGAAUAAGAGCAAGACAUCACAGGUAUCUUCAAAACUAACAAAAAUUGUCUCUUUGAUGAGCAACAGCUGUUUGGUGCUGAUUCCGAGUGAGUCUGCCAGGAAGGAACCUUAUGAACAAUUUGAUGGAGAAAGACUUUUAGAGAAACUUCUGAAUGCCCUGGAUGACCUUCUUCAUGAUGGGUUUCAACCUGAUAACAAUAUGGUUUCAGUGUUGUUUGAUAUUGUGGAAAGUGCAUUAACACUGAUCGGACCUUUUCUAAAAAACACCCAGACCCAGAGGUCAUCCAAAAAAACUGAGGUGGAGCUGUUGGUAAAGAGAGGCAGUUCUCAACCUGAGGGUCCCUUCAUGAUAUCCACCAACACCACACGAUUUUCAUCCCACUGGGACACAGCAACAGGCAACAAUUAUCUAGGCUUUACAACUGCAGCUCUCCUCAGCUACAAAAGUCUGGAAAAAUCACUCAACAGAUUUUUUGGCUACAUAGAGGGACCAGAAAACAAACAUUUCAAUAUUAAUUCCAGAGUAGUAACUGCCAUUGUUAGCAACAAAGAAACAGGCCAUCUGGAGAAACCUGUAAUUCUCACAUUCUCUCACUUGAGGCCCACAAAUGAGAACCACACCUGUGUGUUUUGGGACCCUUCACUGCAAGGUGGUGCAUGGUCCACACGUGGCUGCACUACCAUGAACUCUAGUGAUGUUCAGACGGUCUGUUCCUGUAAUCACCUAAGCAGCUUUGCAGUACUGAUGGCACUCUAUGACAUUGGGGAUGUUUAUGAGCUGCGUCUGAUCACAUGGGUGGGACUGUCGCUGUCACUGGCCUGCCUUCUCAUCUGCAUUGCAACAUUUUAUUUUGUGCACUCUAUCCAGAGCACACGCAACACCAUCCACCUGCAUCUUUGCAUCAGCCUCUUCAUCGCUUACUUUGUCUUUCUUGUGGGGAUCACCCGCACAGACAAUAAGGUGGGCUGCUCAAUCAUUGCAGGCAUGCUGCACUACUUCUUUCUGGCUGCGUUCUGUUGGAUGUGUCUGGAGGGAGUGCAGCUCUUCCGUAUGGUGGUGCUGGUCUUCAACACAACUCUGAGACCAGUCUAUAUGAUUGCAGCUGGUUAUGGAGUUCCCGCUGUUAUUGUGGCUGUUUCAGCUGCAGUGUCUGCAAAAGGAUAUGGCACAGAGAGAUACUGUUGGCUGAACUUUGAAGAUGGCAUAAUCUGGAGCUUCUAUGGGCCAGUGUGUGUGAUAAUAAUUGUUAAUGUGUUCUUCUUCCUCAUAACUAUAUGGAAGCUGGCAGAGAAAUUUUCCUCCCUCAACCCAGACUUAGACAAUCUACAGAAAAUCAAGACAUUUACAAUCACUGCGAUUGCUCAACUGUGUGUCCUCGGCAUCAUGUGGGUGUUUGGCUGUUUUCAGUUUGAUAAGGGCACGCUGGCAAUGUCAUACAUCUUCACCAUACUAAGCAGUCUGCAAGGGGUGCUGAUGGUCAUCAUGCAUUGUUGGCUUUCGAAACAAGUAAGAGAUGAGUAUGCCAAAUUCCUGUCAUUUAUCUGUGCACCACAGAAGCGGAAAUACUCAGAGUUCAGCUCAAACCAAACAAGCAAAUCCCAGGCAUCCAGGAGCGUUCAGCACACAGGCAAAUCCAACAUUUAGGAGAUCAAGUCAACAGACCAUUGUCAGUUUUGCAAGUUUGCAUGCAACAUUGUAUUUCUGUAUCUGCUGUCUAUAUAGAAAUGGUUAUAUUCCGUGUUGGUAACACUUUACAUUAAAGUUCCUUUUGUUAAGAGAUAAUAAAGGGGUUUUAUUAAUUAAUAAUAAUUCAUUUACUAAUGCAUUCUAAAUCAUUGAUAUGUGGUUAUAACAACAUCCAUAUAAAGAGUGACUUUCAUGCGAUACCUGCUAAACAGUGAGCCCUUUUACCUCACAUGUUACAAAUGCUUAACAACACUUGUUCAACAAUAAUUUCUAAAAAUGUAGGACUAGGUAAAACCAUUCUUUUUCUUGACAUCAGUGUGCCAAAGAAAGUGGCAACACAAGUGAGUCAAGACAUUAUAAUAAUUAAUAUAAACACAAAGCAGACUGUAGUAAAAUGACAUAAUCCCUCCUUUUAAUCUCACUAAUCUAUUUUUACUACAUUGUGACAAAUCAUGAAAUAGGGCAUUUAUUUUUUUAAUAAGUAUGGAUAAAUGUGUUUAUUUAGCAUUUAUAGCAUGCAAGUUUAAAUGCUCACUAUUAGGUAAGUAUUGAAAAGUUGCUCUUUUUAUGUCUGUUGCUAUAACUGCAGAUAAAUGAUUUAUAAUGCAUGUGUUAAUGACUUAUUUAUUUAUGAACCCCGUUAUAAACCCUUCACAAAGGGAACAUUCAUGUAAAGUGCUAUCUCUGCAUUUAUAUCUAAAAAAAAAAAAGAAGUUUGUUAGUUUUUAAAUUUGUAGGUUGCACCAAGUAAUUAUUUUGUUCAUAUUGUGCUGGCUGAUAUGAGACAUUAUUAAAUGUUAGUACUGUAGAACGUAUCUAAUUUUGGUUAUCUGCUUGGACACCUGUUUAAAAUUUAAGUGAACUGAGUUUAUACAGAAAAGGUUGGUCUCAUAGUAAAAUCUUUUCUGGCUGGAAAAGGCCUAGGAUGAUGUGUUUGCAGUUGCCACUUGCUUUGAUAUUUUGUACAUAAUGUAACGACUUUCAUAAAUGUUUAGGAGAAGCUUAAGUGUCCAAAUAUUUAUUUCCUCCGCUGCAGCUGUUUGUAAGAUAAUGUUGCAAGGUAAGACAACUUGAGGUAAAUUUUUUGUUUUUAAAAACGUUUAAAACAUAAAAACAUAAAACAGUGAUUUUUGAAUUUUUUUUUUUUAUUUAUGGACUGUUCAUAUAUUACCUAAAGUGUAGAUGCUGGCCACAAAGAAGAACUUUGUCCAUAUUUAUGUGUGUGUAUAUGUACUUGUUGUGCAUUUUUAAUCUGCUAAAAUGUUAAAGCUGAGCUUUAAUGCAUUUUUUAUUUCCUGAAGCGUUCCUGGACCUCAACUGGUAGAAUGGCACCAACACCAAGGUCAUGGGUUUGAAUUCCAGGAAACAUAUACAAUGUAUACCUUGAAUGCAGUGUAAGAUGCUUUUGCAAAUAGCAUCUAUGGACCUUAUUCACAGUAUCUUUGAUUUUUAUUGGGAAUGACAACGAGGUGGCAAGGGAUAGACUUACCAUCUCUUCAAUGGCACGCAUGGUAUAAAGCUGGUAAAAGCUCCUCGAUCACAUCUGAUUUUCCACAACUCACGAGUUUUUUGUCAUAGUCUUGGAAAGAUGAUUUUUUUUUCAAUGUUUUGUCCGCAGAAUGAUCCAAAAACCCUUUAAACUGCAGUACAACCCAUUGAAGAGACUGUGCAUCUAUUCCUCACAGCCUCGUUGUCAUUCAUGUCAAAAAGAUGGCGUGCUGUGAAUAAACGCAUUUCAAACCGGUUGUUUUCUAAAUGAAUGUAAUCUUCUAAAGUGUUUUUAACAAAGGUCAAACAAUCUAAUCUUUCAAACUUAUCAUUACUGAGGUCACUGAUCUCUGACCCUGUCAUUUUGUACAUGUAAUUACCUACCUGCACUUUGCCUGACCUGCCUGCCACUAUUAAAUGUUAUUUUGUUAUUAUUUUAUUUAAUCUUUUUAUGUUGCAGGGUUUUGAUAUUAAACAUUUUAUUUAGAAACUCA